AGAUUCCUGGUGGUGUAAAAACCAACUUGGGGUCCAGAGAAAAUGAAAGACCUUACUGACGCAGUGCUGGAUCCUGCCUCUGAUGCUGCUGUUUUGGAGACCCAGACCAGCAGGCUGGAAGAGAGUCACACAUGAAGAUACAUGUUGAUGGUAAUGCCUGUGGUGCGCCCCGAUCAUCUCGCCACAUCACAAGCUUCUGUUCCACCAGCCAUCUAGAAGUUCCAUCUUCUGAUCAAACCAGAGACUCGUAUCGAACAACUUAUUGCCAUUUGGCGGCUUUAGUUGGAGGACAUGGUGCUGCGGAUCCAGGAGUUGUAGUUGCAGACCUUGGCGUAGACUCCAGGCUUGUUCCUCUGGGCACAGCCGUAUCCCCAGGACACCACACCCUGCAGCUGGCCGUUGCAGACCACGGGGCCACCGGAGUCGCCCUGGAAGCACAAGCGUGAGCUGAUGUGGCAGACAAAACGUUGGAGCGGCGGCCGACGUGGUUACCUGGCAAGAGUCCUUGCCUCCCUCCAGGAAUCCAGCGCAGAACAUGUUGGAGGUGAUCUGUCCGGGGUAGGAGCUCCUGCAGCUGCUGUCGCUCAGGAUGGGGGCGUCCAGGCACCUCAGACGGUCAGGAUAGUUGCCUGCACACGAUGGACAUGAGUCUCCAGGAGUGAAGCGAGGACAGGUGUGACAGAGAGACUCUCACUUCCAGAGCUGCUCAUGUUGCCCCAUCCAGAGAUGAGACACCUGGUGCCGGAGCUGGCGCAGCUGGAGGGCAGGGACACGGUUGCGGCUGCUGUAUCUGGGGUGCCUGAUGACCUUGGCGGAGUUGAUGAACUGCUCGGUGCCCUCGCUGACGGCGAUGUUGUGCUCACCAAGACGCACCUGGAUGCGGCUGCGGGCGGCAAAGAAGAGCAGUGAGCGGCGGACACCACCCAGGUGCUGGAGAUCAGGGAGCCUCCGCAGAAGUGGUAGCCAGAGUUCAGCGACACCUGGUAGGGCACUGAGUUCUUCCUGCACUCGUACCCGCCCACGAUCUUGUCGUCCUCGUCGAUGGGGGCAGCGACUGAAAGAAAAAGCCAGUUAACGCACCGAAGGCUGAUCAACAGUCCGGAGCUGAACACUCACAUGCCACAGCGCACAGGGCCAGAAGAAUGAGAGCCUUCAUGGUGGUGGGUGAGUCGGUGCCUCAGUGUCAGACCUCAGAGCUGCUCCCCUUUUAAACCCACAGGGUCCCUCGCUAUCAGAUUGGCCAAGGCCGAGUGUGUCUGUUUUCCAUACCUUUAUCAGGUUGUGUAACGUGUGUGAAAACCCAUCUGGACACGGCAUGUUGAUGAUGUCUGCCGUAUGGCGGCACGUGGGUUUCUGCAGUUAAGAGAAGUCUGUUUCUGGGAAUCCACCUGCCUCCCUUUUUCUGACUCUGAAGGUGAUUCAACAUUGUGAAAGUGAGACUCCACAUAUUUUAUUCAGGUGCAGGGAGCUGACUCGGGUCUUCAUCUACAGUGGCCAAACUCCAGGUCUGUUGUUUGGCGGGAUGAGUUUAAAAUAGAAGUGUUUGGAUUAAAUUCGCCAGACUUUUGAGUCAGAACUUUUACUGCAUCAUAUCUUCAACCCCCACAUCCCCGCCAGAACCUCUUCUAUGUGAAGUUACCUGUGCUAGGACGGCGUUACGGACCCGAGAGUACUGUCUUGUUUGAUCCCUAACAGAAGUAUCUAUUCAUAGAGCGGUGCAUCAGCUGAGCGCUGCACUAUUUAAGUGGUUAUGAACACGCACGAUAAAUUGUGUGUAUCUAGGCAACAGCAGUGUGUCUGGGCUGGCACUUUAUGAUGAGGUUACUACUCAGAUUUGCGCGCGGAUUUUUAAAAUUGCUGUUCAAAUUGAUGUUUUUAAAACUGUUUUUUUUCCCACAUGAAACAUUUCCAUCCAUAAAAAGGUGAACCAUGUGAUUGAAUGGGGCCUGGCAGCCAUGUCUCUUGUUGAUGACAUCACUCUCUGGUGCAGUGUCGUGGAAUACAGGGGUUCUGAACCUUUGUUGUCUCGGGGCCCAUCUUUCCCAGAAGAAAUGGGCCCGGGCCCCAUUCAAGUAAUAGAACCGAUUCAUUACUCUUGAUUUCAUUUGUGAUCAAGAACCAUAUUUACUCCACCUACAACUAAAAGAAACCAAAACCUUGUGAAAUGACAUGAAACCAUGCGAUCAUCGCAAAGAUAUUUGUCAUGGAAAAGUCCAACCAGCAGUCACAGUCAUCAAAUUUACUAAAGAAAAACAGUUGAUGCAAACUGUUGAGAAAAUUAGAAAAACUGAAUAGAAUUCUGAAUAAAAUGUAUUUAAUCAAACCAUGUCUAAAUAUCCCAUAAUCAAAAUAAUAUAUUGUAUUUAAACUCCAAAUAAGAUAUACUGUAAGUGAAGUGUAAAUGAAAGUAUGGCCAGAAAAUGUUCCAAUUCAUUUUCAAAACUGCUUCAACAGGUGCGCUUUCAUGAACACUUUGUACUGUUGGGGGCGGCAUCACUUUCUUUAUCAUUGUUUCUUUUCAAGAACUUCUCCAUAGUUGUUAACUAACACAGAUUUGCUGCUGUCAAGUCAAUUCAGUGACACACUAUUGCCACCAUAUGUGGCUCGUGGAUUAAAACUGAGCGUCUCGCUGCCCUCACGGCUCAAAGGUGUAAAGCAAGAAAACUGCUAGCGGCCCUCUAGGAGCACUCGCAGCCCAACCGUGGGCCCUGGCCCUAUGGUUAAGGACCAGUGGUGUAGUAGAUGACCAUGCUGAGACCGUAGAAUGGGCUGCAUGUUCCUGGACUGAUCUGAACAGGUCGAUGAGUCCAGUUCUCCUGGCGCCAGGGAGACAGACGAAACCACCAACAGUCAGUUUCAGCUCUGCUGGGUUGAGGAGCUGAUGAUGUGCAGCUCGUGGAGAUGUUGAUGAACUUCAUGUACCGAAGCCACUUCACUCUGAAGCACCCGCUCCUAGUUUAUCAGCCUCCACCGAAUGAGAAUCUUGGCAAUGAGAAUGAGAGUCCAGAGAAGAGAGUUGACUGAGGAAUUCUCCGCCAGACAACAGCAUCUGAGAGGAACUCAGUCUGCACUCAAUCUAGUGGAAGCAGAAAACUGUGGAUCAAAUGAUACGCAUGUAUAUGAGUAGAGGCUGGUUUUCAUUCUUUAUUAUUCAAGUGGUUUCAGUUUGACAGAAGUCAUGCUUCAGUUGGAGGACAUGGUGCUGCGGAUCCAGGAGUUGUAGUUGCAGACCUUGGCGUAGACUCCAGGCUUGUUCCUCUGGGCACAGCCGUAUCCCCAGGACACCACACCCUGCAGCUGGCCGUUGCAGACCACGGGGCCACCGGAGUCGCCCUGGAAGCACAAGCGUGAGCUGAUGUGGCAGACAAAACGUUGGAGCGGCGGCCGACGUGGUUACCUGGCAGGAGUCCUUGCCUCCCUCCAGGAAUCCAGCGCAGAACAUGUUGGAGGUGAUCUGUCCGGGGUAGGAGCUCCUGCAGCUGCUGUCGCUCAGGAUGGGGGCGUCCAGGCACCUCAGACGGUCAGGAUAGUUGCCUGCACACGAUGGACAUGAGUCUCCAGGAGUGAAGCGAGGACAGGUGUGACAGAGAGACUCUCACUUCCAGAGCUGCUCAUGUUGCCCCAUCCGGAGAUGAGACACCUGGUGCCGGAGCUGGCGCAGCUGGAGGGCAGGGACACGGUGCGGACGUAGCUGUUGAGGCUGGCGGGCUUGCUCAGCUUGAUCAGCAUGAUGUCGUUGUCCAGGUUGCGGCUGCUGUAUCUGGGGUGCCUGAUGACCUUGGCGGAGUUGAUGAACUGCUCGGUGCCCUCGCUGACGGCGAUGUUGUGCUCACCAAGACGCACCUGGAUGCGGCUGCGGGCGGCAAAGAAGAGCAGUGAGCGGCGGACACCACCCAGGUGCUGGAGAUCAGGGAGCCUCCGCAGAAGUGGUAGCCAGAGUUCAGCGACACCUGGUAGGGCACUGAGUUCUUCCUGCACUCGUACCCGCCCACGAUCUUGUCGUCCUCGUCGAUGGGGGCAGCGACUGAAAGAGAGAUGAGUUGAGGGCAAAGUGGCAGAACUGGCAACCAAGAGCAGGUUUUCAAAACUCACAAGCUGCGGCGAAGAGCGCAAAGACAAUGAAGUACUUCAUGGUUCCUCCCUGAAUGCUGCUCGACAGCUCCAGUGUGUUUCAGCCUGGAGUCGAGCCACCGUCUGCAUCCAACAGCUGGACGUCAGCGCCAGUCUCCCGACGGUUUUCCUGUUUACGUUUCGCUUUUUUGCCUGUUAACUAUUAAAAAUAAAAAAUAUUUUUUAUUAUAGCAUUAGAAAUUGCAAUCACAUUUUAUAUACGUUGAGACACGCAGCGUGAUACAAUAGAUGGCUUUCUCUCUUUGCCAGCAAACAUUGAUCUGGACUGUCCACAUGGCGGGUGCCCUCAAGUGUCGCCCCGUUCAGUCGCUUUUGAAUGUAGUUGUAUUUUAGCGUUGUCAGCUUGUAGCCUCAUGGAAUUUGUCUGGUGUUUAUGGGGACUAAACAUCCACCUAAAAUGAAGAAGCUGUGAGAUGGGCUUUUCAUGUCUAAACCUCAGCCAAACUUACAUCGCACUUGUUUUUUCUCAUGGCCUCGAGAAUCAAGGAAUGUAUUUACUUCCUGAUGUUGUGAACCACAUCCUUUGAUGUAGGUGCAAUAAUGAGUUGAAGAGGUUUGCUUCAUACAUAGCAGUCCCUCUUCUCAGCCCCUAAUUCUGAGAAUUUCUGAAUGAAUGUUUGAGAAAGGAGCCAUCAAACCUGGUGACCGCCAUGUCUUAAGCUGGGGGACGCACGACAGCUGGACCUGGUUUUCAUGGGCUUAGCAGUAUCAGAAUUGGCCCGCCAGUCAGUUCUGUUGUAACCAGCUCCGACCCAUGACUGAGUACUACGAGGAGGGGGGGGUGCUGUACGAGCAAUCACCUCCCAUGCACAUCAAAGUGGAGUCUCCAGAGGGACCCUUUGGUGGGGGAGUCUCGGAAAACGGCUUCCCCAGGGAGGAUGAGGACUCGGAGGGCAGUUGUGACCAGAGCAGCGGGCUCCACAGUGGACUGCCAUUCAACGUGGUAGUGGUGCAUCCCAACAUCAUGGGGCCUGGCAUGUCAUCCGAUGACCUCUUGUCCAUCGAACAAAACAGAGCCAUGUCAGCUGCGCUGGCAGCCGGCAGCGCAGGCAAGCGGAAGAGCCGUUUCAGUGGCGCGGAGCUGGAAGUGCUGGUGUCAGAGGUCACGCGCUGUGAAGGAGAACUGUUCGGUCCGGCGGGACGGCUCCGUCGGCGGGAGCGAGAGCGCAUCUGGGCGGGAAUACUGGAAAGGGUCAACGCCGUGUCCCGAGUGCCGCGUACACUGAGGGAAGUGAAGAAGCGCUGGGAUGACUUGAAGAGGCGUAACGGCGGCAGACUCGCUGACGCGCGCCACCGCAGCUGUUACCUUCCAUCCAGCCGAGCGUCGCUGCUCAGUCAUUCGUCGCUGCCCAGUCCCAGGCUGCAGCAGGUCCGGCAGAAGCAGAACAUUCGGCCCAAGUCUACUUUCCCCUGCUUUCCCGACUCAGACACAGGUGUUGGGAUCGAAGGUUCGGAGAGAGACGCCUUAGAGAAGGAAGAGGACAAUCCUGACUGUGACAGAGAUGAGGGAGAGCCUGAAUGUGAACCGUCGGACCACAGCAUUGAAGACAAACUAGGGUUAGGACUUGGUCUGGGAAUUGGACCCCCGCCUCCUCCAUCAGAGCGCUGGCUGCCCCCCUCCCCUCUCUACAGUGCGCCCUUCCUGAACGGCAGCCCUCAGCCCAGCAGCCCUCAGCCUUCUCUUGGGGGCCAGCAGGGUGUUCUGGAAGCCCCCCCGCGCAGCUCCUGGCUGGAGGAUGAGCUCAGAGGCUUAGGAGAAGCAGCUAUACAGCUGGGAAACCGGGUGGAGAAGAGUCUACAGGAGUUCGGGGAGGGGUUCAGACAGGACAUGCGGACACUGAUCGCGUCGCAGGAGGCUUUGGCUGUCAGCCUGCAGCAGAACAACCUUCUCCUGCAGAGGCUUCUGGGAGUUCUGGAAGCUCAGCCGCAGCAACAGCAACAGCAGCAGCAGCAGCGUGUCCCACCCGUUCAUCAGUCCCAACCUUCUCAGCAACACUUGGAGCCGCAGUGGCCUCAGCAGCAGCAGCAGCACGUUGAGGCUCAGCCGCAUGUUGUCCAGCCACAGCAAACUCAUCUCGAACUCCCGGAGACCCCUCAGCAGUUAAACGAUUCCGCUGUAGCCGUGGUGCCGUCACCACUGUCCCCUGACAUCCAAGCGUCCUUCCCCAGCGAUCCUCCCUCAGAGAGGAGCAGCGGCGUGCAGAAGUCUCGGCGAGGAAAGGCUCUGGAUCACAGGCGCCGAAGACGGCGCUGAGCCAAACUGGAUCUGUCCGGAGCACACGGCGUGCACUUUCUUUUCUAUUUCUUUCUUUGUAAUUCUGCGGGCUUUAAAACGCCAUGUUCCAUCAAGCACUUAAAGACUGAAGCGAGCAGUAGAUUUGAGACGAAAGCCUUAAACUCAGAGUGGGUCAUCAGAAAAUAAAUACAUUGUAUUGUCAAGUACUUACUGUCACACAUAUAUAUACAUAUAUAUAUAUCCCUGAGACUCCAUCUUGGGAGUCGACGUUUGUUCACCUGCACGUCACAGACGCAGCACCAGCUUGUGAUUCGCUCAUUGAAACUGCUCUAAAAACACUAACAUCAUCGCCAUAAAGUACUUAAAAUGUGCAUUUAUUGUAGUCAAAUAUAAUGUAAUUAAAAUAUAUAUUUUUAUGAAGUUGCCUCGACCAUCGACGAGGAGAGGGAUGAUGCAUUUUGAGACGAAACGUUACAGAAUUGUGUGUUUCUGCGGUGUCAGAAAAAAAGGCAAAUUCCGAUGUUCCUGAUGGAUGUAGGGCUAUUUAUUCUAUUAGUGCAUGCAGUACAAUGGAUGUGUUUGUAGAUAGCUGCACAAAGUGUGUCCUUCAUCCUCAUCGUUUUGCACAAGCUAUAUUUUGUAUUUGGCAACUGCUUCGUCGAAAUGUAACGAAAUACUGUAAAUAAAAGAUGAAAUCCGUUAUAGGAAUUCAGCUUUUUGCAUUGAGACGUGUUUAUUUUGAUUUCCUUUUUCGAUUUGUUAUUGUGUUUGAGAUCAGGAGGAGCGUCUUUCUGGAUCACAGUUUGUUUAUAAAUGUCUAAAUGUCAUUCUCUAGGGAUUGGAACGAGGCGAUUAUUUAUUAUUAUUAUGGCAAAGUAUUCAGUCCCUGAAUGUGUGACAAAAAGAAUCAGUGACCUGUUAUUAUUAACAGUUAUUCCAUUUAAAAGUAUUUCAACUAUGAAAAGAUCGGACUAAACCGUGGUUCAAAAUGUA